GCAAUGAUCUGGAUUCUAUACGAGCCUUAUUUAGCGAAAAAGAGAAAGAACUUAGUCUUGCUGUUGCAAAAGUGGAGGCUCUGACUCGACAACUGGAAGAUCUCAGAAGAGAUCGAAGAUGUCCCAUAAAUUUACUAAGUAGUAGCAAUGGCACUGCACAGGCUCUACCACCGCAAGCGUCACGUGAGCUGGAAAAACUGCGACGUGAGUUAAUGUACCGUAACCAAUUGACACUACAGCAAGAUGCACGUUUACAUUUGCAAAGGGAGGCGCUACAACAACGCCAAGCUGAGCUACGCUCAGUGGAUCAGCGUAUCUAUGAAUUGCAAACACGAUUACAACGUAAAAAAGCCGCCAACAUACAAAUUGUGACACAAAACCAAAAUCAACUUCACGUGCAGCCGCAUCUAUUACAACAACAGCAGCAGCAACAGCAGACGCAAUUGCAACAACAGCAACAGACAAAUACACAAAAUCUGCAUCAACAACUGCAACAGCAACAGCAGCAGACAACAUCCUAUAACGCAGAUCCAAUUAGUUUUCAGAAUAACGUUGAAAAACAAGGUGUGGCUGCACUGAAACAGCAGUUACUACAAAAGCAAACGGGGAAUCACAUUACCGACGCAACAACCCACGGACAUACGCAGUUGCAUACAAAUAAAUUUUCAAAUAUAAUUAAUCGUGAACAGAACCGUAAUAUUCCACGUGGCAACGUAGCCGCUGUAGAACCUUAUAUACACACGCCACAGAAAUCGACAAUAUCAUCCACUUCCAGCUAUUUGAGUGGAGGAAACAUACUUAAGCAUUCAGCAGCCACAGCUAACACAAACCUACAAAAUCAACUCAUACAAGACUUAACGCACGUGAAGCUCAAUCUAACGCACAGCAACUCACACAACAAUGCUCCAAACUCUAACUUCUUUAGUGGGGAGAGCGAUGAAACCAAGUUGGCCAAAAAAAUGCUAACAGCAACAAUAACUCCAAAAUCAGCUGACUCCCCGAAACAGCUCGAAAUAGAUACUUCACAUCAUAUAUAUGCGGAAAUCGGACCGAAAAAGCGUGAUCUUGUUAAGGACACAACAACUGCAACAACAACUGGAACAACAACAACAGCAGCAGCAACAAAUCUAGAAACACAAACGACUACUACAACCGUUACUCAAACAAGCAAAAUACCUAAAAGUAUUGUUUCAACAACAUCGGCUUCGGCUAUGAUAAGCAAACUGAAUGCUGCAGCCAACAAUCAGUUAGCAUCAACUGCAACAACAACUCAGUUGAAGAAGAAGCGUGAAAAUGAGAAGAAAUCAGAUGUCGCUGUUACCAGCGAGACGCUCUCCGAAAAAAAUACCCAACAGUUAACAGUGCACAGCAUGCCAUUGGAUGCAGCUAAAAGUGGCAUAGCCACUGCACCUGCAAUAGUUACAAGUGCCGAAAGUUUGCUGACAAAACCCAAACCAAUUUCUGUGCUCUCAACUGGCAACUUAGCGGUACCACCGCGCAAACCUAUAAGCAGUGUUGCGCCAUCUUCAGUUAGUAGUUCCAUACCGAAAAUUAUUGCAUUCAGUCCUAAGGUGAAUCGCGUAGCACCAAAUGUUAUAGCGCCAACUUCUGCAGUCUGCAAUGCAAAUGACCGUCCUGCUUUGCCACCAAAACCAAGUAAAAUGUCUCCAACGGAGUCCACAACUGAAGCUACAGUAACCACGAUUGCAAGUAACUCCACCGCAAUAGCUAAACCAGCAGCAACAAUGGAACCACAUGGUACAUUGAAUAUGCAAGCACUGAAUAUAAAUGAUAAUUUACCUAUAAAAGCUAAGCCACUGACAAUACGCAAACAGCCCAUGUCUGAGCAACCUCGGUUAAAAUUGUCGAAUGUAGGUCCAAAGCCCUUACCGCAACCGGCACGUAAAAUUGAUAUACCAACCACUACAGCGUUAUUAUAUAGUGAGAACAAUAAGAGUAUAGUUUCAAAAGAAUGCAAUGAUACACAUAUCAAUACCGCUGAACAAGUUCAACGGUAUUCACCGGAUGCACAAAAUUCUCCUAAUACUACCACAACGCAAUCAAAUUCUAGUGUUGAUGAAACUGACAAAACUAACAAUAGCCCCACAUCUUCAGAUAAAUCGUUGGACAGUUUGAAAAGACGAAUGCGUGCAAGCUCCACACCUGCCGCAGGUGGCAAACCUAAAUUGACACGUCGUGUUAGUUUCGAUCCUUUAGCUCUACUUUUGGAUGCAAGUCUGGAAGGUGAACUAGAAUUAGUUAAAAAGACAGCAAUGCAGGUAACGAAUCCCAGCGCUGCUAAUGAUGAGGGUAUCACAGCACUUCACAACGCCAUAUGUGCCGGACACUUUGACAUUGUCAAAUUUUUGGUAGAAUUUGGUUGCGAUGUCAAUGCUCAAGAUUCAGAUGGUUGGACACCCCUGCAUUGUGCUGCUAGUUGCAACAAUUUGUCUAUGGUAAAGUUUUUAGUUGAAAGCGGCGCUUGUCUUUUUGCUGCAACUCUGUCAGAUCAUGAAACACCAGCCGAAAAAUGCGAAGAGGAUGAAGAAGGUUUCGAUGGGUGCUCAGAAUAUUUAUACAGCAUUCAAGAAAAACUUGGUAUACUUCAUAAUGGUGAAGUGCAUGCAGUUUUCUCGUACGAAGCUCAGAACAGUGACGAGCUCACUUUCAAUGUAAAUGAUCGUUUGAUAGUUUUGCGUAAAGGUGAUGAUGCAGAGAAUGAAUGGUGGUGGGCCAAGAAUUCAGAAGAAAAGGAAGGUUAUGUGCCAAGAAAUUUAUUGGGUCUUUAUCCAAGAAUACCACCGCAAAACUCGAACUUCAUUGAUUAGCAGUUAAUACGAUUUUGUGCGUACAAAAAGAAAGCGGGGCGUUUAAUACAAAAGCAUUACAUUUCCAAAUAUUUGUAAUAUUUGGCAUAUUGUAUAUGUAUUUUAUUUUAUGUUUAAGCACGUCCAGAAACUAUACUCAUUAGCAUACAUAAAUUAUCAUAUUUUAUUUUAACGUUUAUAUAAGUUUAAUGAGAAUAUAGCUUGCGUCCAUACUUUUUGCUCACAUGAGCCUAACUUCGAAUAGACCAAGAAAUGUGCAACAUUUGUAGGCUAGAAUUUUCAAAUUACACAUAAACCCUGAAUCUUGAAUCCAAAAUCAUUCACCUUAAUAUACACAAUCAUUAAUAUAUAAAUAUAUAUAUUUAAAAAUAACUUUAUUGUUAAAGUUUUACUUAAGUUAGUUAA